GACGCAGGGACCUCGGAAAGGAGAGUGGGGAGGAAGGCGGCAGGGUGCGUGGGGGGCGGAGGGCGAGCGGGCGGCGAGGGCGAGCGCCGAGUGGCCGCACCAUGCCGUCCCCGCUGCUGGUGCUCACUUUCUCCGCUCACGUCCUGCUCGGCUGCGCGCUGCUGGCGGGCGGCACGGGCGGCGGUGAUGGAGGCGGCGGGGGCGCGGGCCCGGGCGGCGGGCGCCGGGAGAGAGAAGCGCUGCCGCCCCAGAAGAUCGAGGUGCUGGUGCUGUUGCCCCAGGACGACUCUUACUUGUUCUCGCUGGCCCGCGUGCGGCCGGCCAUUGAGUACGCUCUCCGCAGCGUGGAGGGCAACGGGACCGGCCGGCGGCUUCUGCCCCCAGGCACUCGCUUCCAGGUGGCCUACGAAGACUCGGACUGCGGCAACCGUGCGCUCUUCAGCCUGGUGGACCGCGUGGCGGCGGCGCGGGGCACCAAGCCCGACCUCAUCCUGGGGCCGGUGUGCGAGUACGCAGCGGCGCCGGUGGCCCGGCUGGCGUCGCACUGGGACCUGCCCAUGCUGUCGGCGGGAGCCCUGGCCGCCGGCUUCCAGCACAAGGACACUGAGUACUCGCACCUUACGCGCGUGGCGCCUGCCUAUGCCAAGAUGGGCGAGAUGAUGCUCGCCCUGUUCCGCCACCACCAAUGGAGCCGUGCCGUGCUGGUCUACAGCGACGACAAGCUGGAGCGCAACUGCUACUUCACUCUCGAGGGGGUCCACGAGGUUUUCCAGGAGGAGGGUUUGCACACGUCCGCCUACAGUUUCGACGAGACCAAAGACUUGGACCUGGACGACAUCGUGGGCUACAUCCAGGCCAGUGAGAGAGUGGUGAUCAUGUGUGCCAGUGGGGACACCAUCCGGAACAUCAUGCUGGCAGCACACAGACAUGGCAUGACCAGUGGAGACUACGCCUUCUUCAACAUUGAGCUCUUCAACAGCUCUUCCUAUGGAGAUGGCUCGUGGAAGAGAGGAGACAAACAUGACUUUGAAGCUAAGCAAGCGUACUCAUCCCUCCAAACAGUCACUCUACUGAGGACCGUGAAACCUGAGUUUGAGAAGUUUUCCAUGGAGGUGAAAAGUUCUGUUGAGAAACAAGGGCUCAAUGAGGAGGAUUACGUGAACAUGUUUGUUGAAGGCUUCCACGAUGCCAUCCUCCUGUAUGUCCUGGCUUUACAUGAAGUUCUCAGAGCUGGCUAUAGCAAGAAGGAUGGAGGGAAGAUCAUCCAACAGACUUGGAACAGGACAUUUGAAGGUAUUGCCGGGCAGGUAUCCAUAGAUGCCAAUGGAGACCGAUACGGGGACUUCUCUGUGAUCGCCAUGACUGACGCAGAAGCAGGCACCCAGGAGGUUAUUGGUGAUUACUUUGGAAAAGAAGGUCGUUUUGAAAUGCGGCCAAAUGUCAAAUAUCCUUGGGGCCCUUUGAAACUGCGAAUAGACGAAACCAGAAUCGUGGAGCAUACCAACAGCUCUCCCUGCAAAUCAUCAGGUGGCCUUGAAGAAUCAGCAGUGACAGGAAUUGUUGUGGGGGCCUUACUAGGAGCUGGCUUGCUAAUGGCCUUCUACUUUUUCAGGAAGAAAUACAGAAUAACCAUUGAGAGGAGAAACCAGCAAGAAGAAAGUAAUGUUGGAAAGCAUCGAGAGUUACGGGAAGAUUCCAUCAGAUCUCACUUUUCCUUGGCUUAAAAGAAGGCUUCUUUUUUUUCCUGCUUGAGAUUCCUUAAGGAGAUAGAUGGAUAAAAGUCAUCAAUGGAACAGAAGGGGUGUUAUUGAAGAAUUCAUUCUUUAAAGCAGUUAGUCAUUUCAUUUUAAUAUUUCUUUAGAAGCUCAGGAACUAUUAUUAAUCACCAUCUGUCUCCCAGGCUUUCAUCUCAUGUCAAACAAAUAUAGGAUAUAAUGUUAUUGUGUUUAAUGUUUGUAGUGCUUGAGGGUAUAUAAUUAGACUUAAAUUUUAAAAAUCUGAUGUCUCCCUAUCUUUGUGGGUUUUGGGGACAUUUCACACAAGGAUAUGAAAAAUGUGGUUUUCUUAAAUGAAAUGUUUUGUAGUUAGAAUAAAAUCAUUCUAACAAGUACAAUAUCCUUGGAAAGAAUUUUACAUCCAAUAACGAGAAAAUGGUGAGAAAAAUCCCAAUGUUGGAAAUCAGCAUUGCUCUGAGAAGCUGGUGGGCAACUCUGUGGAGGGAAGUGCUUGGUCCAACGUCUGCACUUAGGUCUGACUCACCUCUCAAGAAGGGAUCCUCUCUCUGUUUCAGUGUUCAUAAAAGUUACUCUGGAAAGAUGUAAAUAUUAGUGAGAUGGGAGGAUUUAUAUACGAAAAGCAAGUCUGCAAUGUUUCUGUUUUUGAUGUAAAAAGAAGCCCUAUUUCACACUAAUAUUUUACUUUUAAGUAUUUUAAUCUUAUAUUUUAAUAUCAGAAAAUGUGUCUAUUUUUUCAUUUUGAAGGUUAAAUUUCACUUAUAUUUUAAAAGCUUGGAUAAAAUGUACAACAAACAAAUAACGAUGAAAGAUGCAUCUCUUUUUCUCAUUUCUCUCUUUCCCUUGGCUGUAGCCAAACACCAAUUGCUGCUUUAAUUACAGAGAUCUAUAAAAGUGUUCAGAUUAUAAACUCUACAGUAUUACAUCAAGUUAAACUGUCUUUGCAUUUUUAACUGUUUUAACUGCAAGUUACUUUAGAUUUCUAGUCCUUCUAAAUUCUGGUCAAAUGAUGAGUCUCAGAUGAGGAAUGAAAAGUUAUUGGAAUUCUGCAGAGUUUUAUAAAGGGAGGUAGCUUGUUUCCUUCAAAAACAACUUAAUGAACAGUGAGAAUUUGACAGCAGGCACAGAAAUGGUAAGCUUAAAAAAUGUAUACAUGAUGCCCGCCAAAAUUCACAGUGAUGAUUUUGGUUAAAAGAGGGAAUCUAAAUUUCUGAACUAUAUCCCCUUUCAUUCAACUCCGCAGAGCUUUGUAGUCUCCCAAACUAAAAAGUUUGUGGUAGGUUUGGUGUAGAUGUGAGGAAUUUGGGUGAAGUUGGAUAAGUAUUUGCAGCAUGUCUGCUUUGUACCCAGUACUAUGCACAGAGGUUUAAACUCAGGUUGGCAUCUUUGCUUAUCAUUAGUGGAGAAAAUAGACAGUGAAGGAAGGAUGGGAGUCUGUCCCAUGAGUGUAUCAUUUUGUAAUAUGCCAUGAGGUCUUUCCUCAAUAACAUCUUCAGCAAUAAAAUAGCUUUAAAAACCGUCCUCAUACUUUAGAGGUCAUAAAUAUGGAGGAACACUGGAGAGAGCAAAACUGGGAAGCUUGAGCAAUUCCUCAGCAGUGGUGGAGGUCACAGUCUGCGGAGGUGAGUCGAGUGAACGCAGCUCAUCCCAGGCUUGGCCUUGCUCGCUUUGCUAGAGGAGACUGCAUCUUUUACUCGUGCAUCAGUCCCAGUGAACAGAUUAUUUGCAUGGGAGACUUGUUUCCUGCUUGUUUAGGAAGUGAAAUGAAGGCUUCUGGGAGGGCAAAAUAAUGACCUGUGCUCAGCAGAAACAACUACCUUGUAGUUCCCUAUUCUGUUUGCAAAGGAAAAUCAUGCUGAAUUCAAGCUAUGAUGGAAAAAAGAAGGCAAAUUCCAGAAAUUUUGUUGUAGGAGAGUUUUAAAAGUAAAAUCCAAGAAAGCAAAGUAUUUGGUGGCUUGAGACUCCUUCAAAUGAAAGAACGGUGGGAAGGACUGGUUCCAUCUUAGUUAUGUGAAUCAGACAGCUUAUUUCUCUCUCAUUUUUAUUUUUCCAAGAUGCUUUCUAUAUAUUUCAGACAUAUGAACUCUGUUGUGUUGAUUAGAAAUUUCAUUUUAAGCCCAUGUGCUUUUUUGCAGGGGGAAAAACAUGCUUCCUGGUUGUAGUCUUUGAUAUAAACGUUUCUGACCUUCCUAGAAUUUACAUAGCAGCCCAUGAAUGCCAACAUUUUUAGAGCAAAUAUCUUUUGUUUCUACUUUAGAUAGAGAAAUAGUUAUAAAUUUAAUAUUAUAUCCCUAGAUAAGAUUGUAAAGUAAGAGAGAAUUUAGUCUUUAAAAAUGGCAGGGUAAAUCAUGAGUUUUUUGGUAUGUGGAUAUCAUUUUCUUCUAAUUUUGAAGCAAUGUCUAGUGUUCUUAAGGUUGAUUGCUUAUUUACAUUUUUACUGUCUCUUUUUUUCCUUUGAAAUCUUUAUAUGAGUUAUCAAUACUCUGUUGAGUUUUGAAAACAACAUUGAAUUUGGAAACCUUUGCUAGGAAUGUAGAUAUUUGGCCCAAGGUUGCCCUGGAUUAAGAUCUGAAGAUUAUAUUUUCAGAUUUAAGUUCUUAAUUGCUAAGCAACAUCUUUGAAAACUGUUUAUUCAUACUCUGCUAGUAGCCACACAGUAAGGUACAUAGGGUGUUCUUAAAUCAUGCUGUAAAUGUUCACCCUGAAAAUCAGGGUGUUCAGAUUUCUGAUAUUUUAUCAUUUGGUUACACAUAUGCUCACACUGAUAUGGGUUAAAAUGAACAUAUACUUUUUGGUGUUGGAAAUAAGUACAGGAUUUAUUACUAUCUUAGAUUUUAGGGGGUGAGAGGAACCCCCUAAAUAAAAUCUUGUCCUGCAUGACAACUUCUAUAGGGAAUGAUCUCUCUUCACAGUGUGAUCACAGGUUUUAUGAGGAAUUCCCUGUAAACACUGCAUUUCUCUGAAGACCUAUGAACUUGUCUAUUUCUGAACUACAGUCAUGAUUCCUCAGGCCUUAUAAUAGUUCUUUACAUUUCAGGAGUCAUAGUUGAUGGAGGGAGGGUAGAAACAUAUAAAAAGAGAACAAACACCUUCUUUUCUCCUUUCCUUGAGGUUCAAACUUUUGUUUUGGAACACCAUGCCACUUCUCCCUGAUCACAGGCUUCCAGGACCAUUUACCUACUCAAGGUACAUGUGCCUUCUUUGACCCUAACUUACCAGUUUUCUUCUGAUUGGGACCGAUUUUGAGGGCAGUGGAAAUCACUGUAGACAGACAAACAGUGAUGGAUUUGGAAGUAGGUUCUAGUGGCACCAACACCUUCUGCAAAUGAGCAUAUGCUGGCUAUUUGUUGAAGUCUCUUUAGGAGAUCCAAUAGAAUAUUAUGCCAUUGGUAUUAAGGGAGUGUUUAUAAACUCCAAGGAACGAGUGUCUAUGUUUCUUGGGACACAAAGAACUCACAACCCAAACGGACACAGUCAUAAAGGCAAACGCCAACCAAAAUUAGGCCCCUUGAUCUAUGUGUCAUGGGUUUUGUUUAGUUACACCCUGUGGUUCAGGCCUUCAUAAGAAGUUGGUAAUGAGUUGAAUUUCUUGUUCAGUGGAAAAAACUGAAACUGUCUAAAAACACAGGAUAUGUUUUAGGGGCAGAGUGGAAGCAGCGAGAAUGAAAUGGUGUUGUUUAGAGGGACCUUUUUUUUUUUUUUCAGUUGGUCUUUAGAACUAAAUAAUAAUAGUAAUAGUUUAGUCCCUCUUCAACAUCAAGACUCAGCAAGAAGGUUGGAAUGUGCUCAUAGUUAGAAUCUUUUGAUCCUCCAAAAGAAAUGGGGAAGAGUACCUUUGUAGGCUGCUACUGUCCCUCCCACUCCUUCCUCAGCCAGCCCCACCUACCGCCAUCAUGAUUCCAAGGGUGUGUCAGCAUGUUGCCUAUGUGGGUGGGAACUUGUGACUAGGUCUCUGUACUUCCUCAGAGGGGAAAGAGGUGAUAGUGAUGGCUAGAAGAAAGAGGCUGAUUUUACUUAGAGCCCUCACACUAACGUGACUACACAGCCCUGGGGACAGUUCAAACCUGUGAUGUGUAUCUCCUCCAACAAACCUGGCUUUGGUUUUCAGCAUACAGAUUUCACAAAUGUCUCUUGAAGGCAUAUUCUACAGCUAGAGUGCAGAAUUAAAAUAACUUUCAAAAGGUGCUGGGUUGGAGUUUGUUCAAAUUUCUUUUUUUUCCCCAAUUAAUUUUAUUGGUAUAUUUUAGAUAUACAUAAUGAUCACAUUCAUCAUAGGGAAUUUGUACCUGUACAUAAUACAUCAUGAUUCUUCUUUCAAAUUUCUCAUUAACCACUAAUGUUAAUUCAUACCAAAAGCAAAGCUUUCUAAACCAGCUGAUACGGAUGAUGUUCACGUUUCAAGCUACUUCCAAUGCUAUGAAAGUUUUCGUUGGGAGUUGAGACUCAGAAGUAAAAAUCCAUAUGUUAAAACAACUCUUGGAUGUGUCAGGUGUGGGAUGAUUCUUCAUGGAAAGUUCUGAACAAGUAGAAUUAAGAGUUAGCAAAAAUGUUUCAUUGCUGUGAUUCAAAGGUUUAAAGGCCUAAAUUUCUAUCCAUAAGAAACAAAGGGCCACUUAUCAAAUGUAAGUCAUGACAUAAACUACUAGUUUGUUGCUGUUAUGAAAAUAAUUAUUAUUGGACAAAGAAAACUAAGAGAGGGGCGAAUUUGGAUUUUGAAAUGGGUUGUCUUAUUUAUUGUUCAAUGUCAAGUUCUGAAAAUGAUCAACGUCAUGUAUCUUACAAGACAGCAAUGAAAUGUCCCCCAGCAGCACCAAGAGGCUGUGAAUUUGUGGACCUUUGUGUUGAGUCCUGGGAAUUAGAACUUUGUUUCCUGUGCAUAAUUGAAGCCAAGAGAACAUGGGAUAAAUGUGGAGGAUAAAUUCUGUGUGCUUCUCUUCUGGGCCACAUUAUUCAUUAAUUUAAAUAUAGGACUACCAAACAAUGCAAACUUAUCAUGAGUCUGGUAGAAAAGUAAAAGUAAAAGCUGCACAAGCUACAUACAACUUAUUAUUCUAAUGUAAGUAGAACUAUCUGCAUAUAAUGUGAUUUAAUUUAUUAUUUUGUGUAGAAAUUAAGAAUUAAUGACUGUGGAUAUAACCCCUGUUUUGUGUAAUAUAUUUUAUUUCUGGUGCAUUUAAAAUAUCUACUUUAUUUGGUGUUUGGAUAUAAAUGUGUAUGUGUACUUAUAAAUGUUUCUAGUAAGCAAGAGUGCCACAUACUCUAACAAUGUGUUCUCAUUAAAAAAUACAUCCCACCAAAAUUUUUUCAUGUUUGUAAUUUAACCCAUAUUCACAACUUGUAUUCAUAUGCUCUGAGGACUUUCUUAUAGGGUUAAUUUAAGUAAAAGAUCAGUAGUGGAAAUGAUGGAUUAUAAUGUUUGAAUGACACCCAUGAGAGGACUCAAGAACUUCUGCCCAGUAAACCCAGAAUUAAGAAAAUAUUAUAUUAUUAAAAUAAAGGACAAACUUUGAAUUGGCAGGUGAUGGAAUAAAUCUUCCUGAGUAAUAA